UAGCAUAUUAUAAUAAUUGAAUAAUAAUCUAAAGAAAUGAUGAUGGAUAGUAUAUGAAUGUUUUUCUACCAAUCAACUGAGGUAGUAUUUCUAUUCAAAGAUUGGAAGAUACACUCAACUGGACCCUAUAUUGGAGCCCUCUUUGCCACCUUCGUCAUUGGUAUUUUAUUGGAGUUUGUGACUUUUGCAAUCGGAGAGCUUAAGGCUCAUAAUACUAGAUCAGGGCUAAAGGCUGUGACAAAAAUUUCUGAUAGUCAUCAAGAAAUUAACCAAUCAAGAGGUAUUUAUGACAACUCCAUAUCAGAGCAUAGCUUUAAAGAAGAGAUUGAGUAUGAAGAGAACCCUCAGCUUAAUAUAGGCAUGAGAUGUAUAAUCGCAGUGGGCUACUUCUUCCAGCUCGUCUUAGCCUAUUUAGUUAUGAUGAUUGCUAUGACCUACAACUUCUUCUUGUUCUUAGCUCCAGUCGGAGGUAUGAUGAUCGGAUACUUACUUUUGGGAUUUAUCGCACCACUUUUUCAACAAAAUGGGAAAGAUCAAGAGUAUGCCCAGAUUAAAUAGACUUAAUUAAGUUCAACAAUCUCCAAAA